AUGGAGGAAGACGACAAGAAAGUGAUGAGGUGUUUUAGCUUCCCGAAAAUCGUGAGAAAGAAGAAGAAAAAAGAGGAGGAGAAGAUGAUAGUAUCUAGAGAAAUCGCAAAGAGAUGGAGAGAUCUGAGCGGUCAAAACCAUUGGAAAGGGAUGUUACAGCCGUUGGAUCAAGAUCUCCGGCAAUAUAUCAUACAUUACGGUGAGAUGGCUCAGGCUGGUUAUGAUACUUUUAAUAUCAACACAGAAUCUAAGUUCGCUGGCGCUAGCAUUUUCUCCAGAAAUGACUUCUUCGCCAAGGUUGGUUUAGAGAAAGCGCAUCCGUAUACAAAGUACAAAGUGACCAAGUUUCUAUACGCGACGUCAGAGAUCGACGUACCUGAGUCAUUCCUAUUGUUCCCAUUUUCACGUGAGGGAUGGACAAAGGAAUCGAACUGGAUGGGUUACGUGGCGGUGACAGACGACCAAGGCACGGCGCUUCUUGGUCGGAGAGAUAUAGUCAUUGCUUGGAGAGGCUCAGUGCAACCACUUGAAUGGGUCAAUGACUUCGCAUUCGGUUUAGUCAACGGCAACAAAAUAUUUGGCGAGAAAAACGACCAAAUACAAAUCCAUCAAGGUUGGUACUCAAUCUACAUGUCUGAGGACGAACGUUCACCUUUCAAUAAGGCCAAUGCUCGUGACCAGGUGUUGCGAGAGCUUGGGAGAUUGUUGGAGAAGUAUAAAGAUGAAGAGGUUAGUAUAAGUAUUUGUGGGCAUAGCCUUGGAGCUGCGCUCGCGACGCUUAAUGCUACGGAUAUUGUGGCGAAUGGCUAUAACCGACCAAAGAGCCGUCCUGACAAGUCUUGUCCCGUCACGGCCUUUGUCUUUGCUAGUCCUCGUGUUGGGGAUUCUGACUUUAAGAAACUCUUCUCCGGAUUGCAAGAUCUCCGAGUGUUACGAAUAAGGAAUCUACCGGACGUAGUUCCGAUCUAUCCACCAAUAGGUUACACCGAAGUUGGAGACGAGCUUCCAAUCGACACAAGAAAGUCGCAAUACAUGAAAUCUCCCGGAAACUUCGCGACCUUUCACUGUCUAGAGUCUUACUUGCACGGCGUUGCAGGGACUCAAGGAAUAGCCAAAGCUGACUUGUUCAGACUCGAUGUGAAAAGAGACAUUGGACUGGUCAAUAAAUCAGUCGAUGGUUUAAAAGACGAGUGUAUGGUCCCAGGACGUUGGAGGGUUCUUAAAAACAAAGGUAUGGCCCAACAAGACGAUGGGUCUUGGAAGUUACUGGACCAUGAGAGUGAUGAUAAUGAAGAUUUUGAUUUCUGA